GAACGGAACAGGACAGGACGGACGGGCCGGGCCGUGCUCGCCACUGCCGGACGCUGAGCGCUCGCCACCGGCCCCAGCCAUGCUGCGCCGCAAGCCGUCCAACGCCGGGGACAAGGAGCCGGGACACAGGAAGCUUUCCCUACAGCGUUCCAGCAGCUUCAAGGACUUCAACAAACCCAAGGUCAGCUCCCCCGUGUCAAGCGAGGAGUUCAACCUGGAGGAGAAUAUCCCCGAGGAUGAUGCCGGUCCCGAGGAGGCCGUGCGGAGCAGCGGGACCAAGCUGGGCAGGAAGUGGCGGGCGGUGAUCUCGCGCACCAUGAACCGCAAGAUGGGCAGGAUGGCUGUGAGAGCGAUGGCCGAGGGGAAGCAGGGAGAGGUGGAGGAGGAGGGGUCCCCGUGCCCCCUGUCCCCAAGCAGCAGCACGGAGGAGCACAGCCAUGGUGAGCAGAGCCAUGAAAAGGUGCCCCUGUCGUACCUGGAGCUGGAGGAGGAGGACGGGCGCCCAGCCCUCGCACGCCAGAUGUCCAGCGGCAGUGACAUUCCCAGUCCCACCGAUCCCGGGGACAGCCGGCGGCUGGAGCAGACCGUGCCAGCCUACACUGGCCCCUUCUGCGGCCGGGCCCGCGUCCACACCGACUUCACCCCCAGCCCCUAUGACAAGGACUCCCUGAAGCUGCGGAAAGGGGACAUCAUCGGCAUCAUCGAGAAGCCGCCUGUGGGCACCUGGACCGGGCUGCUCAACAACAGGGUGGGCUCCUUCAAGUUCAUCUAUGUGGAUGUGAUCCCUGAGGAGACAGUCCCUGCCCGCAGGAGCCGGGGCUCCAGCCGUAACAAGCGCCUCAAGCCCAAGACCCUGCAUGAGCUGCUGGAGCGCAUCAACCUGCAGGAACACAUCCCCACCCUCCUGCUCAACGGGUACCAGACCCUGGAGGACUUCAAGGAGCUGCGGGAGACGCACCUGAACGAGCUGCACAUCACGGACCCCCAGCACCGCGCCAAGCUGCUCACAGCCGCCGAGCUCCUCCUGGACUAUGACACAGCCAGUGAGCCCGAGGAUGGCGACACCUCCGAGGCCCUGCCGUCGCCCUCAGAGCCCAAAUGGGACAUUCCCCGGGACUCCGGCUGCUUCGAGGGAUCAGAGGCCCUGGAUGGCAGCCGGGAGGAGGCCGAGCUGGGGGGUCCCAAGGAGCAGCUGGGGGCUCUCUCCAUGGCAGAAUCCCCCUGA